CAGCAAAAAGAGGAGGAUUGGCAGUAGUUAGCUCAGGGCUAAUCUUCCUCAAAGAAAAAAAUUUGAAAUUGUAGAUGAAAAGGAUGAUUUCCUAGAAAAAUUAAAACUAUCAAAAUGUAGUUAAGAAGACAUAGAAAUUCUGAAUAUCCAAUAUCCCAUAGGAGAAAUUAUAAAAAUAAACAUUUUUUCUACUUCUAUUUUUAAUGAAAAAACUUAGUAGGCAGUAGUGCUACUUGAGAUAUACAUUCUGGUUGUAAUAGAGAUCCAAAAUAACAGUGGUUUAAACGGUAUCUAUUUCUCUCUCACAUCACUACCUGGGUAUAAAUCCAGGGCUAGUCUGGUGGCUCCACAAUCAUCAGGAAUCCAGGCACCUUCUGUCUUAUUGCUUUGCCACCUCUGGGUGUUACUCUCAUCUCCAUGGUCCAUGCCACUAUGUCCAAAUUCCUGCUAGCAGAUGGGGAAAAGAGAAUAGGAAGACAUGGCUCAUCCCUUUCUAGUAAGAUGCAUACAUCACGUCUGCUCACAACUUACUUGCUUCAAUUUAAUUACAUGCAAGAGCGGCUGGGAAAACAUACUCUUUAUUCUGAAUGGUCAUGUGCUCAUCAAAAAAUUCUUACUAUAGAAAGGGAAAACUGAUAUUGGGGAACAACAAGCAGUCUUUCUGCUGCAGAUGAGAAUAGAUGCUCCUUAAUAUAAGCAUGGAUAUAUAUCAGAGACAAUAGACAGUCGUAAACCACUAAAAGUAUUUUCAUUAACCAAGACAAUGAUGCUGCUGUCCUCAAUUUUUAAGAUUGUUUAGGGAGUUCUGGACAAUGCUAUAAGACUAAGAAAAUAAUGAGUAUAAAUUCUGGAAGUGAAUAUAAAUUUUCUGGAAAGAAAAAUUGUACUUUUUCCAUUAUUUAUAGAUUUUAUUUUCUAGCCAGGAAAAUAAAACACUAUCAGAAGGAAAAGAAAGUGCAACUAGGUGGUCAAUUUAAAUAUAAUUGUAUAAAAAUAAUUUAUCAUCUACCAGCAAUGCUCAAUAGAAUACAUGGCAGGUGUGCCAGUUAUCAAUUUAUUUCUCUCAGCCCCCAAACACCCUAUUUGCCCUGCUUUGUGAUACUGUAGCUGGACCCUGUAGAAUUUCUCCUUGGCUAGCCAACUUGAUGUUAGUCUUUGCUGAUAGAGGGCGCCGGAAGAACACUGUAAGGCUGCACCUGGAAAAAAGGACUUUGAAGUUCCUUCUUCCUUGGGGGAAAGUAGCAACCACUUCAGCAGUCUUCACAGAACAGUCUUGGCUCCUGCCCUCCAGCAAGUUCAAGCAAAGGCAAGAAGGUGUAUAUAGAAAUGAUCUGCAAAUACGGAAUAAGAGGCUUUAGAUAAAAUAUGGAACUUUCGUGCUGUGGAAUACUAUGCAGCUUGCAAAAUAGGUGAAUUUUGUUUAUAAGUGCUGUUAUAGAAAGGUAUCCCUGAUAGACCUACAUGUCAACAAAACAUUACUUAGAUAGAAUGAUUCCAGAUUUAUUAUAGAUGUAGAACUGUACGAACAGGACUAAAAUAUUAAUACUGUUUAUUUUUGAAUGGCCUUAUUAGGAAUAUUUUUUACCUUCAGUUAUUUAACAAAUAUUAUGCAAGGCACAAUUCUAGGUGCUGGGAGUAGGGCAGUGAAAACGGUCUGACAUCAUGUAGCUUACAGUCAAAUAGUGGGAGACAAAUAUGUCAGGUAGUGAUAAAAGGACGAAAAAUAAAGCAGGGCAGAGGUAUGGGGUUGGUGGGGCUGUUUACGUAGGGUUAGGGAAAGCCACUUUGAGGGAGUGACAUUUGAGCAGAGUGAGGGAACUAGCCUUGUGGAUAUGGAUGCCUGUAUAAUUUUCCACUUUAACUUUCUUUUCUACACUAAGCAUGCCAUACUUGCAUAAUCAAAACAAAACAAAACAAGAAAGCUCUUUCUAUUUCAGCUGCAGAUCUCCAGGUCAAGGAGUAAGUAGAGAGGGUGGGAGCAGGUUCACAGGCAUGGAAGGAGAACCCAGAGCUUCCCGGACACGGCCAGCCUGCUCUAGAUUCCCCCGGCCCCUCAGACGACGCCGCUGGUGGGAGACCGCGCGGCUCCCCGGGGUCACUGUCCCCGCCUGCCGCGUCCCGCCGAGCGACCCCAGCCGACGCUCGGAGACGGAUAAGCGCCGAAGGAAGCUCCACGCCCUUCACUGGGCUGCAUCUUCCAGGAAGCUCUGCGCCCCGCUGGGAGCUGCUAAAGACUUGGGCGAGGGCGAGUCCCAAGAGGCUGGAGACGAUUCUCCCAGGCCGAGCUCCAGCUGCUAGGCCGCGGCCCCCUCGGCCCUCCACCCACUCUGGAGCGGAAAGAGCCGGCCUCGGAGUGCGUGUCCAGAUGUCAGCCCGGCUACCACAGGGGAUCCCUCUGGGAGACUGAAGGGUGGGCUCCCAGGCCCAGGCUGAGGCCCACCAGCCCUGAGCCGUAGGGCAGGGGGAUGGCAGCCACCCCAGAGCCUCGAGACCAGACCCCUGGGGAGGGAGAAGGGCUUCUGAUCGUCAAGGUGGAAGAUUCCUCCUGGGAGCAGGACUCUGCCCAGCAAGAGGACAGCAGGGAUUCCGAGACCUGCCGCCAACGCUUUCGGCAGUUCUGCUAUGGGGAUGCAGGUGGGCCCCAUGAGGCCUUCAGCCAGCUUUGGGAGCUCUGCUGCCGCUGGCUGCGGCCCGAGCUACACACCAAGGAGCAGAUCCUGGAGCUGCUGGUGCUGGAACAGUUCCUAAGUGUGCUGCCUGGGGGCGUCCAGGGCUGGGUGCGUGAGCGAUGCCCGGGGAGUGGUGAGGAAGCCGUCGCCCUGGUGGAGGACCUGCAGAAGCAGCCAGUGAAAGCUUGGCCGCAGGAUGUGCCCUCAGAGGAGGUGGAACCCGAGGCUACAGUCCAUGGAUCCCAGGCCAAGGGGCCUCCCCCAAAGGUGGGGGCACAACGCCAGCCGCCUGUACCCUGGGAGCAGCACAGCCAUGGUGCCCAGUUUCCUGCUCUGCUUAAAGAGGGGAGUGCCAGAGAGACGACGGACACCUGCUUUGCCUCUGGGGUCCCUGGACCUGUGACAUUUGGAGACAUUCCCUUCUAUUUCUCCCGGGAAGAAUGGGGGUCCCUAGAUCCUGCUCAGAGAGAUCUCUUCUGGGACAUAAAGCGGGAGAACACCCGGAACAUUGCUCUGGGUUUGGGGCUCAAGAGCCACAGUGAGCAUUCCCGGCCAGAGGAGGCGCUCCCGGGUCAGGCCGGCGGCGACGUGACUGUGUCCUGGAGCCCUGCGGAGGCUGAGGUCUGGGAGAGCGAGGCCCGGCCAGGGGCGACCCUGGGGCGGGCAGUAGGGGCGCGGCGAGGACGGCCGCCCACGCGCCGGCGGCAGUUCCGGGACCUGGCGGCCGAGAAGCCUCACAGCUGCGGCCAGUGCGGCAAGCGUUUCCGCUGGGGCUCCGACCUAGCGCGCCACCAGCGCACGCACACGGGCGAGAAGCCGCACAAGUGCCAGGAGUGCGAGAAGAGCUUCCGCAGCUCCUCGGACCUCGUGCGCCACCAGGGCGUGCACACGGGCCAGAAGCCUUUCUCCUGCUCCGAGUGCGGCAAGAGCUUCAGCCGCAGCGCCUACCUGGCCGACCACCAGCGCAUCCACACCGGCGAGAAGCCCUUCGGCUGCAGCGACUGCGGCAAGAGCUUCUCGCUGCGCUCCUACCUGCUGGACCACCGGCGCGUGCACACGGGCGAGCGGCCCUUCGGCUGCGGCGAGUGCGACAAGAGCUUCAAGCAGCGCGCCCACCUCAUUGCCCACCAGAGCCUGCACGCUAAGAUGGCCCAGCCCGUGGGGUGAGGGCCAGAGCAGGGCGAUCUCCCUAGCGCAGCUUCCCCUCUCCCCCUCGGGAAUUCAAGCCCCGUCUGUAGCCACUGCCCCGGCUGACUGCCCUGCUCUGCCCUGGGACUUGAAAUGGAAAUCCCCUAUGACCUUGGCACCAUUCCCUUCCUGCUCCGAGGGUUUUUCUUGCCCUCUGGCUUCCUGGAGCCUCCCCUCCCCCGCACAUUCGGGGCCAGUGGCAUUAAAGUAGGGGAGACACUGGGGCAGCAGGGAAGUGUGAGGCCUCGGGCGGGGCCUGGAGUCCCUAUCCGAGAAGUCCCUCAGCCUUGCUUCCCUCGUGGCUCUUUGCUCCCUAUCUUCUCGGCUGGGUGUGUGGGCCAGCCCUCUGCCCUGCCAAGCUGUGCCUUCUGGUGAGAGUGGAGGAAUAGGCCUUGACCCCCAGGGCACUGCUGGGCUCUGGGAGUGUCAGCCCACACCUCUGAUGAUGUGGGUCCUGGGCAUGGCUACAGGGCCUUUCUGGCCUCUACCCUCUCCCAUUUCCAGGCCAUGACCACUCUGCCCUGUCCCUGUGACCCAGAAGCUGCCUGCCUCCGCUCUCAGCAGACUUCCCCCGACUCCCACGAGUGCGUCCCUGAGAGAUAUUCCCUCCCAGUCUGGCGAGGGUCAUGGUGGCUCCAGGGACAGGAGGGCGACCGUGCAGUCUAAGAACAGGGCUAGCGGAGGCGCACUGCUCCCCAUUCCUCCAGAGGCAUGGGGUCUAUGGUACUUAACACUAGCACUUCGUCAGCACUUUGUUGCUGACUCUUUAGGCACUGCUUUCCAUGGCGGCAUCUGCAUCAUCUGCAGACUGGCAUUCACAGGGACAGACCGUAGGCCCUCCAAAGGAGCUUGGCCCAGCUGGCCUCUAAAGGGCAGCCAAAGGGUCUGAAUAAAUGCGGAAACUGCC